AAGGGAAAGAAGAAAGACCUGCCACAGCAAUUAAGCCAGGCUUCAUCGCAAAGCUUUCUUUGGACAAGUACUCCAUGGCAAGGGGGAGCGUCUGCCCGGGCAUCAGCUGUUGUCCCUUCCAUUGACACCCAGACCGAAGAGUCUAUUCAGCCGGCUCUUGUGUGGCCAUCACCAACAAACCACAACCGUUUCCUCCUUUUAUCCAACCAAGUAUCCACACAGCAAGCAGUUGUGUGUGCAGAACCGACGGGGUUCCUGUUACAAGCAGGAUUGUUCCUGAAGAAAAACUGAAUCCCUGGAUGACCAUUCUUAUGAUCUUCAUGAGGACCAAGCCUGGAAUUCAGAGGGACAGAAAUGACUCAGCCCUGAGCUACAGGGAGGCAUGAGAGAUACAGCAUGGCCCAGGACAAUCUCCCAAAGGAGAGAGCGUGACCAAGGAACAGAGUUGAACCAUCCACAACACCAUCCUCCAGAAGCAAUGCUCUAGGAAACCUUUGCACCAUGAAGGGGUUAGGAGAUAACAGAAGCCGCCAUCUCUCUGAUAACCUGGACUCCCCUCAAGACUCUCUUUAUGCCACCCAAGACAGGAAUCCCUAUCUCCUCAGCCCCACAGACUCCUACACAAUGGACCCUCGAUUCCCCACGCCCAACUCUCUCCACAGCGAUUGCCUCCUUCCACUCAACAACCAGAUUUCCAACAGCAGCACAUUUCCACGGAUCCAUUACAACUCUCACUUUGAAGUGCCCGAUGAGAAUCCCUUUCCAAGCCAUGCCCAAGCCACCAAGAUCAACAGGCUCCCUGCCAACCUCCUGGACCAGUUUGAGAAGCAGCUGCCUGUCCACAGAGAUGGCUUCAGCACCCUCCAGUUCCAGAGAACCUCUGACGCCAAACACCGGAGUGAGAGCCCCGGGAGGAUCCGGCACUUGGUUCACUCGGUCCAAAAGCUUUUUGCCAAGUCCCAAUCCCUGGAAGGUGCGUCCAAAGGCAGCAUGAAUGGCAAGAAAGGCACUGAGGACUCAAAGCAGAACCGCAGGAGUAAAAGUAAGGACCGGGCAAAAACCACCGAGACGAAACGCAGGACCAGAUCCAACAUAUCGGGCUGGUGGAGCUCAGAUGACAAUCUAGACAGCGACACCUGCAACUAUCGCAACCCUAUGGGCCUCAUGACCCUAGGCAGACAGCCUGAUCACAGCCAGCCUAGGUACUUCAUGCAUGCUUACAACACCAUCAGCGAACAUAUGCUGAAAUCCUCCAAGAGCAAUAAUGACCUCAAGGUCACCCCCUGUGCCAACAUCCCCAUCAGCAGUGAGUCCAACUACAUCAAGAGAGGCUCCUGGUCCACGCUCACACUCAGCCAUGCACGGGAAAUGUGCCAAAAGGCUUCCGCUACCAUCGAUAGAGCUUUGCUGAAAUCCAAGUCCUGCCAUCAAGAUUUAGCCUAUCAGUACUUGCAGGUGCCUCAGGGAGACUGGAAUAAUACCUUGACUAGGGACAAGGACAAUGAAAUCCCAUGCCGGCGCAUGCGGAGUGGGAGUUAUAUCAAAGCCAUGGGGGACGAUGACAGCGAAGACUCGGAAACCAGCCCCAAGCCAUCUCCCAAAACUGCAGCACGGAGGCAGAGUUACCUCAAGGCCACUCAACAGUCACUGAGCGAGCAGAGCACCACCCACAGGAGUCUAGACCGCCUUGAUUCGGUGGAGAUCCUUUUGCCUCCAAAAUUCCCAAGCUGGGAGGAAGAAUACAACCAGAUCGCAGACAACCUUAAUGAGUCCAGUUGCAUCAACCAGAUGUUUGGACAACCCUCAUUUAUCCCACAGAUAUUUACUCAAGGAGAGCAGGGAAGAGAACCAGAGCUGAACGACCAAUAUGAGGGGAUGUGCGAAUCAGCCUACAGCGAAGCGGAAUCGGCCACUGUAGAGGUCCUGGACCUGCCUCUUCCCAGUUACUUUCGCUCCCGGAGCCACAGCUACCUCCGAGCAAUCCAGGCAGGCUGCUCCCAAGAGGAGGACACCAUCUCGGUGCGGUCUCUCUCUCCACCCCCAGCCAACAGCAUCAGUGGCAGUCGGACACUUCCCAGCAACAGCAGUUCGGCAUGCCUAGUGGGCUAUAAAAAGACACCGCCACCAGUCCCACCUCGGACCACCUCAAAGCCGUUCAUCUCUGUCACCGUGCAGAGCAGCACCGAAUCGGCACAAGACAACUACCUGGACAACCAGGACCACAAGAGCGAGGUCAACAGCCAGUCGGGACUGAGCAAUUCCUCGGAUAGCUUAGACAGCACCAGACCACCCAGCGUGACAAGAGGGAGCAUUGUGCCUCCAGCCAGGGAGCCUCCUGAGUUACCCCAGAAAAAUGCAACCUUGAAGAGCGACAAGGGGACCCUGACAAGUGAGGAGCCAAAGGUGGAGAAUAUCCCCAAAAGGAAGCUGUCAUCUAUAGGAAUACAAGUUGACUGCCUUCAGCCAGUGGCAAAAGAGGAGCCCCCUCCAUCAGCCACCAAAUUCCAGUCCAUCGGGGUACAGGUAGAGGACGAGUGGCGCAACAGCCACUCUCACAGCAUGUCAGCCAAGCAGGAUACAGAUUCUGAUUCACAAGAACCGAACAACUCUACCUGUAAAUCACCUGAGAGAAGCCUUGCUGAUUGCCCCCCAUGCAACAACUCCAACAGCCUUGAUGCCAGUACGAGGCAAACAGCCAUGCCUUCCCAGAUCAAGAGAAACCUCUCCUAUGGAGAUAGCAAUGACCCAGCCCUAGAGCCUUCCUCUCUUCCUCCUCCGGACCCCUGGCUUGAAACAUCCACCAACACUCCAUCAGAACCAACACAGCCGGGAGCUUGCCGAAGGGACGGGUAUUGGUUUCAGAAGCUGCUGCAGGCAGAGACUGAAAGGUUAGAAGGAUGGUGUCGUCAGAUGGACCAAGAGACCAAAGAGAAUAAUCUCUCUGAAGAAGUCUUAGGCAAAGUCCUCAGUGCAGUGGGCAGUGCACAAUUACUAAUGUCACAGAAGUUCCAGCAAUUCCGUGGCCUCUGUGACCAAAACUUGAACCCCAAUUCCAAUCCCAGGCCCACAGCACAAGACCUUGCUGGUUUUUGGGAUCUCUUACAAUUGUCCAUCGAAGACAUCAGCAUGAAAUUUGAUGAGCUGUACCACCUAAAGGCUAAUGGCUGGCAGUUAACGGAGCCACCGGAGAAGAAGGAAGAGAAGAAGCCGCCCCCUCCCGUGCCAAAGAAGCCAGCCAAACCUAAAUCCCAGCUGAACCGGGACAAGGCCUCUGACUCGGUGGAUAAACAGCGCCAGGAAGCCCGCAAGCGCCUCAUGGCAGCCAAGCGCGCUGCCUCAGUCCGGCAGAACUCUGCCACCGAGAGCGCGGACAGCAUUGAAAUCUACGUUCCCGAGGCACAGACCCGUCUUUGAGCAAGGGGAAGAGGAAGAAAACACACUCUUUUUCAUGCCAUUAAAAAGGAAAAAUAAGGUUCACUAAAUUUAGUGCGAUUUAUUUGGUCUAGAGACGCAGAGCCAAUCGUACAAAGGGCUCCCAAUUUGGCUAUCUCUCUGUCUGUCUCUCUCUUCUUCUUUUUUCCCCUCUCCAGCUUUAAAUAAUGAAAAUUUUGAAGGAGAAUCCCUUCCUGGUUCUGUGGUUUGGGUUUUUCUCUCUCUCUCCCACCCUGUUUCACACUGGCUGUGGUGUGGUGGAACAGACUCUUGGAAACACAGCCCUUCAGACUUGGAACUGCAACCUUUUUACUUGUUCUAUCUAAGGAGAAUUAUUAGCUUGUUUACAUGAAAUGGACAAAAAUUGAAACAAAGCCUUGGGCACUUGCCAUGCUGCGCUUUUUUCUCCUCACUGUAUUCUUUCUGUCUUCCCCUCCACAAAGUCUUUCUUUUCCCCCCUCUCUGCUCUCGUUCUACUCCUGCUCCUAGUUUUUCUCCUGUUCUGUAGUUCUUAGCUCCCCUUUCUUUGUCAUCCUUUUUCUGCAUGGUGUCGUUUACUGUGUUAGAAGUAAAAUCUUCCACAGAGCUCCAGAAGAAAACACCCUGUUCAGUGUGUGCUGUUGUUGCACUCUGCUAGCGAGCAGCCUUUUGAUUUUAUUAUGUAUUGUUUUCCCUUAGAGGUGGGUUUGGGAGUAGGUGGCCCGGGGUGGGGUGGGUGGCAGUGGGGCUUUGGUUUAAUUAUGUAAAGCGAGGGUGAGAUCUGUGGGAUGUAAAUGGAGUGGGAUGUUAACACAGCCUGGAAGCAAAACAAGUGCAAUAAGAUAGUUGUUGUGGCCUGUGCACACUCCCUUGAAUGGUGCUGCAACAGAAAGAUUUCCCGCACAGGGUGCUCAGUCAGAAAUACAGCAUGGAUUCAUAGGUCCCCCCCCCCCCACUCUUCUGUUCUCUUUCCUACAAUCCCCCCUCCCUGCAAUUUUAUGUGUUUUUUUGUGUGUGCAAAGAUCUGUGUAUAAGAAAGCAGCUGCUACACAAGGGGAGGGACUUGUAUCAAAGGGGUGUGUAAUAUUCUCCAGUGGAGGACAAUGGCUUUUGUACAGAAAAUCAAAGAGGAGGUAGCUGAUGGAGACUUGGCAGUUUGCCUGCCCACCUGUAUGUAUGUGUACAUAUGCACAUAUACACUUAGUAGGAUCUGUAUAUUUAACUCGUACACACACACAUACACGCACACAUGCGUACCCAUUCACACAUGCACGCAUUCAGAGGGUGUCUUUAAAAAGCACCUCGGUGAGGGUGGGUGUAUGUAUAGCAUAUAUUUUUACAUGUACUAUAGCUAGAUGUGUGUAAAAGUGUGUGCAAAAAUAUAUACCCUGCAUAUUUUCAGGUUCCUCUUGCCCAUCCCAGCCCUCUGUGUCCCAUCUUAUUUGGGGAUGCUGUCAUCAACCUUCAGUUUAACCCUCCUCUCUUUCUCCUCUCCCAUUUUGGCCUCAUUUUGUGGAGCCAGGAGUCAAAUAGCCAAUUCCAACUUUCUCCUCUGCCCCCCACCUUGUGCCCCCUCCUCCCCCCCCCCACAAAAAAGUGUGCAUUUGUCUGAAAGCUGUGCACUACCAUUGUGGAAGAUGAUAGAAGUUGUUCAGGUGGUCAAAACUCCAAAGGAUUUUUAUUCUGGUGCAUUAGUAAUUUAAGGAGGUGAUGAUAAAACGCUACAACUUAAAUCAUGUCAGUGAAUGCUGUGUACAGUGUCUAUGCAUAGAGAGUGUUACAGAUUUCUCCAGCUGCCCACAUAAUGUGCAUUUUUGUAACCUGUGGAAGCUUGGCCAUAUAGACCGUGGCUUCAAAUCAAGCUUGAUUUCUUCCCCUCUUUUCCCUUCCCCUACCUCAAAUGUCUUUAUAACAAUGGUAGACAGUCCUUGACUGACUUUUGAAACAAAUGGCUGACUUUCACAGUUCUUUGUAUUAAAAAUUGAAAUGUGUGGAAUGCUACUUGUUUUACUCACGUUUCCAAAGGCAGCAAUCUCGGGAAUUAGGCAGGUAAUUGCUUGAUGGACUCAGUUGCUGGUGAGUGUCUUUUAGCUCGGAGAUUCCCGCUUGAAGUCAAUGGGAUUAAACGUUAAAUCUACGUACAUCCACCUUAAUUGGUUUUUAUGGACAGCAGCCUAAGCGACCUUUCACUUCCCCUGCCUCAGUGCUGCUGCUUCUAAUUAUGUAGCAGCAAACAAAUGUUUCCCCCCACAUGUAUACAUAGAAGAGAACACGACUCAUUCCCUGUUCUCUGGCAUGUCUACCCACACAACCCAUGUAUUUACCACAUUUGUCCUUUUUAUAUCUUAGGUGUAUUCAAAAAGUGUUUUAUGUGUACACCUAAAAAAGGUGUGUGAAGUGGCUUCAGUCUGUCGCAAUAAGAAUAGAAAUGGUACUGGAUUCAAAAGACACUGUGAAGGAAGCUUGAGUCAUGAACAGAGAUCUCUCCGGAGGUCUUCAGCUUUGCUAACCAUAGGUAGGAAAUAGGUGUGGGCUUUCAUCUAGUUGGUGGGGUGAGAUCAAAGCAAAAGCAGUUGGCUGGUUUUACAAGUGACUGGAUUUCAAUAAACCUUCACCUCAUUUUAUAGCUCUGAGCAUUCUUUCUUCUGUGUUUUUUUUUAAGUAGUGUAAUUAGUAGUCACUGCUUCUUGAGCUGCAAGACAGCACUGAAAGAUGGAUAUCACUUGCAUGAAAUGACAUAGAAGCAUAAACAUUAUUGCAGUGGCUGGAUCAGUGUAACUGUCAAUUGUCCUUUGCUUUGAUAGACCUCCCACCUCUGCAGGAGACUUCUUCGCCCAGUCUGAGGAAAGUGGUUUAUGUACAAAUUAGUUUUACCUAAUAGGGUGAUAAGGUAGCAAAUGACCUACGUUUGGUAGUUCACCAAUACUACCCUCUUCGUGACAGAAACCUUUGCAUCCAGGGAUGAAACAAUUGUCUUUCCAGACACCUAGAUCUCUACAGUCUCAGCAGGGGGCCCAGUAGGUGGGAGAGGGGGGAAACAGCAACCUUGCUUCUGGAACAAAACUUCCAAACCUGUUAAAUUUCAUUUGUGCCUCUGUAUGCCAUGAAAGUUAGCAGCUUGGUUAAAUGGAGCUUUUAAGACUUCUGCAUGGGUGUAAUGAGGAUGCAGCCAAUGGCUGCCCUCAACCAGGUGAGGCCUGUUAAGUAGAUUGCAAAAUUCAUUUGUUUCAACUAUCCUUAUAUUGGUCCAGUCUUCUCUCCCCGCACUAUGC